UGAGAAGAUAUGAAUUGCUUACAAUAUGAUGUGCUUAUAUUACUGGGGUUUGCUGUUGUUUUCUCUACAAACAGGUGUUUUGUGCACAGUGCUAUGUGGAGAUAAAAGGACAGUUAUUGGCGCAGUGGGAGGAGAUGUCAUUCUACCCGUGAAUCUGACUGGAAUUAAAGACAUCAGUUGGGUGUUUGUUAGUGGUGGAAAUCAUUUUGCUACAACAAAACCAGGUGGACAUAUAGACAUUCGAUAUAACCGGCAUAAAGGCAGACUGUAUGGAACGGCUGAUGGGUCUUUACACUUUACUAAACUAACCAGUGAAGACCAGGGAGAAUACAGAGCGAAUAUACUCACAGACCCAGGAAACAAACAGUGUGAUCAACGGUACGAUCUCCGAGUAUUCAGAAAAUUAGAAGAUAAGGAUAUUGAGAUUGACUACAUUGCUAGAAAUGGGACCUGUGUAAACACAUUCUUAUGUAAAAUUGAUGUAUCUGAUGUGACCAUUACCUGGAACAGCCAAAGCAGCAGUAAAAUAAAUGUGACUGAUGGACUCCUUUAUGUUUCUGAUACAAAUGCCAGCUACACUUGUACUGCACAGAACCCAGUCAGUACCAUCUCCAAAACUGUGAACCUAGAAGAAUACUGCAAUAAAGAACCCGAAGUAACAAUUUAUAGACCGUUUCAUUGGACAGUUGCCAAUGCAUCUCGAGUGGCCUUAAUAGUUACAGGCGCUAUCUGCAUCUGUUUCACCGUGUGGAUAGUUACAAAAAAACAUGAACAUUAA